GCGGGCAGUCAUUAAUAAUUCAGAUAGUAUUGCUUUGGGGAGUGACGCGGAGGAUACAGAUGCUCGACUACUUUCCACCCCGUUUAAAUUGUUUUAAUUCCACGCGUAAUUUCUGCUCCUUAUCGUGUUCGACAUAGCAUUUGACAUCUGUUCCAGUUUUUGAUCAGUUGUGUAGGCUUCUGUAUGUCGAUAUUGAUGUAGUGUCGUUAAAAGAUGCCUCAACCGAAAUCCCGAAAAAUCGCCGUCCUGGGAUACAGAUCCGUGGGGAAAUCUUCCUUGACUAUACAGUUUGUGGAAGGCCAGUUUGUCGACUCAUAUGACCCAACUAUAGAAAACACAUUUACAAAGAUGAUCACAGUGAAUGGUCAGGAGUACCUCCUGCAGUUGGUGGACACAGCCGGACAGGAUGAAUACUCCAUUUUCCCACAGACCUACUCCAUAGACAUCAACGGCUACAUUUUGGUGUAUUCUGUCAAUUCAAAUAAAAGUUUUGAAGUAAUAAAAGUUAUCCACGAAAAAUUAUUGGAUAUGGUUGGUAAAGUACAAGUACCCAUCAUGUUGGUCGGAAACAAGAAAGAUCUACACAUGGAACGUGUAAUCAGUUGUGAAGAAGGCAAAGCGCUGGCUGACUCAUGGAACGCAGCAUUCAUGGAGUCCUCCGCUAAAGAGAACCAGACAGCGGUGGAGGUGUUCAAGAGGACCAUCCUGGAGGCGGAGAAGAUGGAGGGGGGAGCCCCCCAGGGCAGGACAUCCUGCUCCCUGAUGUAACCCUCCUUCCCCGGCCCCCCAGGCCCUCAAACACCGUCCCCAACCACAGCACUGGACACUGGGAAAUCCCUCUACUUGAAGUGGCUAACUACCUGUUUUCCUCCCUCGAGAAACAUCUGUCUUUUUUCUUUUUCUUUUCUAAAGUUCUUUUUUCAUUUCCAGAAGGACAGACGAAGACUUCGACAUUAAGAGUAACAAUCGAUCCCAGCUUAGGGUACGGUACACCCGUCUUGCUCCCCCCGACUUCCCCUUUUUCUGAGAAACCAAACGUGGUGAAAUAUCUAGCCUUACUACUCCUCAUUUAAAGCCUGUAAUCUCUUUUCUACCUGACCUCCCURCCCCUCCCUUCCCCUUGAAAAGUUUGUAUAUUGUAUUUCUUAAAAUGUUAUUAUUAUGGCCACUACAGUUGGCCAGCAUUCAUUUGCUAGUCUAGUGAAUGUUGAUUCUGUUUUUUGAUUGUAAUCAUUAAAUCAGCAUAUUGUUUCACUAGAG